CCUCCUUUCUUCUUCUCUCAUGUCUAAAACCCUCCUUUCUCUGAGUAAACCUAAACACAACCAUCUCAAACCUUCUCGUAUCCUCCAACCCAUUUCACCAAACCUCAAAAGACUUCUUCACGACGUAUUACAUAUCCUUCAAACCCACCAAAAAUGGGAAGAAAUCUUGGAAAAUCAAUUCUCAGGAGAGGUAGUUUCAGAAGUUGCUCCUCUGGUUCUGGACCGAAUUCACAAUGUCGAAAAAGGUUUAAAGUUCUUCGACUUAAUUUCUCGAUGGGGUUCUCUUAAUUCUCAUUGUUAUUCUUCACUGUUGAAGAUUCUAGCUAAAUCAAAAAGGUUUAAAGAGAUUGAAACUGUGUUAGAAAAUAUGAGAAAUGAUAAAAUUUUACUUACUCAUGAAGCUAUUAAUGAUCUGAUGAGAGUUUAUUCUGUCUUUGGGAUGGUUGAUAAAUCCUUGGAGAUGUAUUAUGUUUUAGUUAAUGAGUAUUCAUCUUUUCCUACUGUGUUCGCAUGUAAUGGAUUGCUUGAUGCGCUGUUUAGAUUCCGGAGAUUUAGUGGUAUUGAGACUGCAAGACAAGUGUAUGAUGAAAUGCUUAAGAGAAAUGAAUGUGAUAAUAAUUUUGUAGAUGAUUAUAGUACUGGUAUAAUGGUUAAGGGUUUGUGUAGAGAAGGAAUGGUUGAAGAGGGUAAAAGAUUGAUUGACGAUAGGUGGGGUAAGGAUUGUAUUCCAAACAUUGUUUUCUACAAUACUCUUAUUGAUGGGUAUUGUAGGAAGGGUGAAGUUAAACGAGGUUGUGAGCUUUUUGAAGAGUUGAAAUUGAAAGGUUUUGUGCCUACAUUGUUCACCUAUGGAGCUAUGAUAAAAGGGCUUUGCAGUAAAGGAGAUUUUGAACAGAUUGAUGAGCUUAUGUCCGAAAUGAAUGCAAAUGGUUUAUCUGGUGGUGUGGAAAUUUAUAAUAAUAUUAUCGAUGCUCGAUUCAAUCAUGGUUUUGAGGUUGAAGCAGUAGAGUGUCUCAAUAAAAUGAUUGAAGGAAACUGUGAGCCAGAUAUUACAACUUACAAUAUUGUGAUUUCUGGUUUAUGCAAGGUGGGCAAGGUUUACGAAGCGAAUGGUUUUCUAGGGCAGGCUGUGGAAAGACGACUGAGACCGGAUAAGUAUAGUUAUACUCCUCUAAUUCUUGGGUAUUGUAGGAAGGGAGAGGUUUUCAGAGCCUCAAAUUUGAUCAUAGAAAUGACAGAAAGAGGGGAUAAACCCGACUUGGUAACUUAUGGAGCUCUUGUUAGUGGACUUGUGCAUGUAGGUGAGAUUGAUGCUGCAUUGAAAAUACGUGAAGAAAUGAUACAUAGAGGAUUACCUCCUGAUGUAGGUAUUUACAAUGUUUUGAUGAGUGGAUUGUCCAAGAAAGGGAUGCUUCAAACUGCUAAGCAGUUGCUUGAGGAAAUGCUCAACCAAAAGAUUGCACCAGAUUCAUUUGUUUAUACUACACUGAUUGACGGGUCUGUUAGAAAUGGGGAUCUUGAUGAGGCGAAGAAGCUUUUUGAAUUCAUGGUUGAAAAGGGUAUCAAACCUGGAGUAGUUGGUUACAAUGCAAUGAUCAAGGGCUUCUGUAAAUUUGGCCUGAUGGAAGAUGCCAACCUAUGCAUUGAUAGAAUGGUAAAACAAUACGUUUUCCCAGAUAAGAUCACUUAUUCUACUGUUAUCGAUGGGUAUGUUAAUCUACAUGAUAUGGAUGGAGCUCUAAAGGUUUUUAACCAAAUGGUGAAAAGAAAAUGCAAGCCGAAUGUGGUCACAUAUACUUCUCUAAUUAAAGGGUUUUGCCAGAACGGAGUUUCCGAUAGAGCUCAAGAGCUCUUUAGAGAGAUGAAAUCUUGCCAUGUAGUUCCAAAUGUUGUCACAUACAGCACUCUUAUUGGUGGCUUUUGUAAAGAGGGAAAACUUUCAAAGUCCGCUUUGUGUUUUGAAGAAAUGUUAAUCAAUAAAUGUGCUCCUAAUGAUGUGACUUAUAAUUAUCUGAUCAAUGGGUUGAUGAACAAUAAAUCUGAUCUUAUUCUUGUUGAAGAAAAUGAAUUCCAAAAGAAUACCAAGGUCUUACUCUUGGAUGCGUUCAGGAUGAUGGUGUUGGAUAGAUGGGACCCCUGUUUAGCAGCCUAUAAUGCUAUUAUUGUCUGCCUCUGCCGACAUAGGAUGCUCAAAUCUGCAUUUGAGUUGAGAGAUAAGAUGACUAAGAAAGGGUUCUUGCUAGAUUCUGUUAAUUUUGCUGCUAUACUUCAUGGUAUUUGUUUGGAAGGAAGAUCUAGCGAGUGGAAGAGCUUUUACACCUCCAGUUUCGAUCAACGAAAUCUUCAAGUUGCUCUCAGGUACUCAGAAUUGUUAGAUAAGUACUUGCUUGGAAAAACUGUUUCUGAAGCCUCUCAGAUUUUGCGAUCCUUAAGUGACAAGGCUAAAACUGACAACCCAGUGGUAGUGUUAAAUUACUAAAUGAUGUCAGAUUGUCAGUUAUGCAGCGAGUGUGAAAAUCUUAACCCACCUUAUAUAACUCUUCUGUGAGAUUCCUUUGGUUGCACAAUCACCAGUGUGAUUUCUUAAGUAACCUGCUCCGGUUCAUACAAAAAACUAUUGGCAAUAGCUAUGGUGGAAGCUAUGAUGGAGAACUAUUUGCCAUGGUCAAGGGUUGAUUUCAUCACUGGUCGUCUGUACAGAAUUGGGUGUAACCGAUACAGUAGAUGCCGGACGAUUCAUUGCAUCUGAAAGUGCCAAUCUACAUAUUUAUUGAAAAUGCAGAAGUGUUUACCAUAUCCAAAGCACAAGCUAAAAAGAUUGCUCAUCAGGUUCAGACCAUCCUCACUUGUAACCGCGGAAAGAUACAUCAGGUUCAAACAAGCCUCACUUGUACAGUAGAUAGGUACAUGUCUGUCUGCAAACUUAUUCCAUUUAUUUAUUUAUUUAUUAUGCUUUUAAAUGCUGUUAUAUCAGGUAGACCUGACUGUAUGCACAGUGACAAAAGUAUGAUAUUAGAUGGCACAAAAGUGUAAAUGAUAUCUGGUAUGUGAUAAAUUAAUAAACCAAAUAUACUGUUACAUUUCCUUGACUCU